AUGAAGUUGGGCAUUACAAACGUGAAUGAGCAAUUCAGUCGGUCACCUUUCACUUCAAUGCGCCCUUCGACUGUCCAGACACCCAAAUAGCCUUCAGAACGGAACCAUCCAGGUCAGCUCAGCACCAUCAGCGCUGACAGCACACACGCUAUUGUCCUGAGCAUUGUGUUGUGACCUCACUGCUCGUAUCGCAGAGCACCGAGCUCCGCAUCAGGAACGAACCUGAAGGUCUUACCCCGUCUCCAGCCUCGAACUCUUCGCAGCACCCUCACCCCCUGAAGACACACCGAGUCAAGAUGGCGCGCAACAAAGAGAAAGCCCAGUCGAUGCUCCAUCGUUUCCGAGAAGCGCAAGCUAUCGAGUUGGGUCUGGGGUCUGGCGCUACGGGUAGAGGACCGGGAGCGGGAGAUAGGAGACCCAGAUUGGCUAGUUCGGUCAAGACUCUGAAAGAGUGCGAGAAGUGGAGGAGCGAAGUAUUGAGGGAGAUCAGUAGAAAAGUCAGCAAGAUUCAAGAUUUCGGUCUGACAGACUACGAGGUUCGAGAUCUGAACGAUGAGAUCAACAAGCUGAUCAGAGAGAAGGGUCAUUGGGAGAGCCAAAUUGUCAACCUGGGCGGAGCUAACUACAAGCGGGGAGUUCCCAAGAUGCUUGACGAUUCCGGCAAGGAGGUGCCAGGCACGCGAGGUUACAAGUACUUUGGUCGAGCCAAAGAUCUGCCAGGAGUCAAGGAGCUCCUCUCUCGCACGCAAGCAGCAGAGGACGAAGCUGAGUCUUAUCGCGUGUCGCGGUAUCGACGCUUCCUGAACCAGCCUGGUUCGUAUUACGGCGAUGACGACGAAGAAGACACCCCAAGUGCUGGUGGCUCAAACUUGCUGGAAGAGGAAAGAAGAGCUGAAGAGGCGAAGUGGAGGGAAGGAUGGGCCGACUUGCUGGAAACUUUGGACGAGGAGUUGCCGGACGACGGAGUGAGCGCUAUUCCCAGUCUGCCAAGCCAGAGACCCAAGCGAUGGAAAGACAUUAUCAGUGCGGGCGGACUGCAAGCCUCACCCGCCACGCUGGCCGAGGAGAGCACGUCUACUGAAGGGGCGGCAAGCGCGCGAGGCAAAAGGAGCACAGCGGGCAGGCCUUCCGACUCGGACGAAAAGGGUGGGAAGAGGGCCAGGGGUGAGGAUGGAGAACCGCUAGACGGCUCGGAGGCGAUCGCCGAAGAGACGCAAGAUGUUGAGAUGGCUGGUGCUGGUGCAGAGAUCUCAGCUAGACCGCCCGAACAAGCCAUCACUGCCAACGAUGCUUUCUUCGACUUGCUAAGUGCUUUGGACAAGAAUGAGCUCAAGACACCAAGCGUACCCGAUAGAGGCGUCAUAGAGCAAUUACUUUUGAGGCAGAGGAAACGAGCGCUAAGGGAACAGUACAUUGGCUGAAUGCAAAGCCCACGAAGUGCAUCGCGCAUCGGACACUGCCAUCCAGUCUUGGUGUGGAC